AUGACGACCACUACAACCGAAACCAUAACUACAACAACCCAAGAUCCAACAUACAUCCCUCGAGGCUCAGCAACAGCGGGCCUUACCUUUUAUGCCCCACCUCUAGACAACUCCGCUCCAUAUAACUAUGUCGAACCCCAAGCACCGGGCCAACUUCAGCGCAACUACCUGGAAAAUGAACAAAAAAUAACAAUAACCGACAUCCGCAACGCCGAAGGCAACUUCACGCUAGACAAAGAUGCCUUCCAAACUCUUAUACAAAUACCCACAUCAACAACCUACCAGACCUUUGACUCAGAGACAUCCAUCAGAGAAAUCUACUAUCCAGAAGUCGAGUCUCUCCUUCUAUCAAAGAUACCAGGGGCACACAAAGUUGUCCUCUUCGAUCACACAAUUCGCCGCCAGAAAGAUGGCGCACCUCGCCAACCUGUAACUCGAGUGCACGUCGACCAAACACGCCGUGCAGCUGCAGACCGCGUGAGACUUCACAUAUCAGACCCCGAAGAAGCAGAAAAGCUACUGAAAGGACGUUAUCGCAUCAUCAACAUCUGGCGCUCACUCACAGACGAGCCAGUGCAAUCCGCGCCCUUGGCGUUUGCGUCGGCGACGUCUGUAGACUCUGAAGAUCUGGUUCCCGUUCAGCAUCGGUAUCCCAAUCGUGUUGGGGAGACUCUUGGGGUGAAGUUUAAUGAGGAUCAGAGGUGGUACUAUUGGUCUGGUAUGACACCUGACGAGCGCUUGUUGCUCAAGUGCUCUGAUUCAGCGGUAGCCUCGGGCUCCGAAGCUGAAGUGGGGGAGUCGGUUCCUCAUACGGCAUUUUGGGAUGAGAGGACGCCUGUUGGGGCGAGGGGAAGAGAAAGUAUUGAGGUCAGAGCUUUAGUGUUUGGGUGA